GUAGAAUUCUGCACCUGGGAAUUCUCCCCAGCCCUUAGUCUGUGGAACCAAUAUUUUCAGGGCAAAUAGUAUACAUCCAAAUCCUGAGCACUCAGGUCUAUGAAGGACUUGGAGAUCACUGUGGCACUCUCACCAUUGAACAAGAAGCAAAGUUAUUGCAAGCAUUUCCUUCUUUCCCUGAAGAGAAAAAUGAGCUGGGUGUUCCUACGUGAUCUGCUGAGUGGAGUGAAUAAAUACUCGACAGGAAUUGGAAGAAUUUGGGUAGCUGUUGUGUUCAUGUUCCGCUUACUGGUUUAUGUUGCUGCUGCAGAAAACAUCUGGAAACAUGAACAUGGUGAAUUUGAGUGCAAUAUCAAGCAGCCUGGUUGUGAAAAUGUCUGCUUUGACCAUUUUUUCCCUGUCUCUCACAUCAGACUUUGGGCUUUGCAAUUAAUCAUGGUCUCCACUCCUUCACUCUUAGUUGUCUUUCAUGUUGCUUACAGAGAGAACAGAGAGAAACACAACCAGAAACUUUACAAAAAUCCAGGAAAGAUAGAUGGUGGAUUGCUGUGCACUUAUCUAAUCAGCCUCAUUUUAAAAACAGGACUUGAAAUAGUUUUUCUUGUUCUUUUUUAUAAAUUGUACAAUGGAUUCACAAUACCACGUCUUGUGAAAUGUGACAUAAAACCAUGUCCCAAUACUGUAGACUGUUAUAUUUCCAAACCCACGGAGAAGAUGAUUUUCCUCUAUUUUCUAGUGGCAACUUCAUGCCUGUGCAUCGUAUUAAAUCUAAGUGAACUGAGUUAUCUGAUUUUCAAAUACUCCAUAAAAUGUUAUCUGAAGAGACACGUAAAGAAGCAGCAAGGCUCAAAAAGCAAUCACUGCGAAUCAGAAGUCAUCAGGUACAACAGAGCAGCAGCUGCAGGACGACUCCACAACAGCUCAUCAUCUUUGCCUCUGAAUAUGCAAGAUGAACAUGAACAACAUUCCCCGCUGACUUGAAAGAAGGCUGGAGACCACCCUCCCAUUACACAAGCUGUUUUUGACAAUUUGCUUUUCCAAUCUGUGCUUUGCAGAACUAUUCUUUGAAAGGAUAGUUACAUAGGAAAUGCUGUUUCUCUGUUAGUUCCCCAUUACUUGAGCUGAUAAAAUCGGUUGCAUUAUGUAUGUCGUACAUAGAAUCAUUGAGACCUUUUCAUGUUGAAACAAGAAAUGUAGAAGUUC